GCGCCGCUGACCCGGAUGUGCAAACUCCUAGGCAACGGCGGAAGUGGGGGAGAGGAAGAAGAAGGUGGAGGGCCGCGGCCUGGCUCAGCGCUCGGAGAGGCCGCACGGAGGGACCCCAGAGCCGCCGCCGCUGCUGCCCCCGGAUCCCAGCCCCGCGGAGACAAGAUGAGUGACCAGCAGCUAGAUUGUGCCUUGGAUUUGAUGAGGCGUCUGCCUCCUCAGCAGAUCGAGAAGAACCUCAGCGACCUGAUCGACUUGGUCCCCAGCCUCUGCGAGGAUCUCCUCUCUUCCGUUGACCAGCCUUUGAAGAUCGCGCGGGAUAGGGUGGUAGGGAAGGAUUAUCUACUGUGCGACUACAACAGAGACGGAGACUCAUACAGAUCACCGUGGAGUAACAAAUACGACCCCCCUCUGGAAGAUGGCGCCAUGCCGUCGGCUCGCCUGCGCAAGCUGGAAGUGGAAGCUAACAACGCGUUUGACCAGUACCGAGACUUGUAUUUUGAAGGAGGCGUCUCCUCUGUCUACCUCUGGGAUCUGGAUCACGGAUUUGCUGGUGUGAUUCUAAUUAAGAAAGCUGGCGACGGAUCAAAGAAGAUCAAGGGGUGCUGGGACUCCAUCCACGUGGUGGAGGUUCAGGAGAAAUCCAGCGGCCGCACGGCCCAUUACAAGCUGACCUCCACGGUGAUGCUGUGGCUGCAGACCAACAAAACCGGAUCCGGCACGAUGAACCUCGGAGGGAGUCUCACCCGGCAGAUGGAGAAAGACGAGACUGUGAGCGAUUCCUCUCCGCACAUAGCCAACAUCGGCCGCUUGGUAGAGGACAUGGAGAAUAAAAUCAGGAGUACACUGAACGAGAUUUAUUUUGGAAAGACGAAGGACAUUGUCAACGGGCUGAGAUCUAUUGACGCUAUUCCUGACAACCAAAAGUAUAAGCAGUUGCAGCGGGAGCUCUCCCAAGUGCUGACCCAGCGCCAGAUGUACAUUCAGCCGGAUAACUGAGCCGGCCCAGGUCUGUGCAGACUUUUGCGGACAAAUCAAAGCAAGAAGCUCUUAAGAACGACCUGGUGGAGGCUUUGAAGAGAAAGCAGCAAAGUUAAAACAAAAAAAACCAACAGCUCCGUUGACGAUGCUAACAAAACAUGCCAUGCACUCAUUAGAUUCUUUUUCUUAGAAAACAUUUCCCCCCCCUCUCCCUCCCCCUCCCCCCCUUUGCCGGCCUGCCCCAUUUUUUUCUUUGACAUCAUUUCCUAUUCACAAUCCUGUUCCACUCAGAGCACUGCCUCCCCUCCAUGAAUAAAGCUGUAUAAACUUUUCCCGGUCUCUUGCAGCUUACUUUACAUCCUCUUUCAUUGUCGCAGCCGCGGGAAGCAUUUCUGCCGAGAGAUCCACCUUUUUCUCCCCCGCGGCUGCCUGCCUCUUUUUCUCUCCCCCACCAUUUAUAUACACAAACCCAGCAGUCAUUCUGUUACGUAUCUUCCCCCCUCCCCUCCGCCCCACUUGCUCUGCAUUCUUUCCCAUCUUUUGUUACAUUGGUGUAAAAAAUGUAAAACAAAAAAAAAAACUUUAUUAAAUACUGUGGUGUGUGAAAGAGCGGGGGGGGAGACCUCCUGGAAAAUGUGUUCCAUGUAUGUUUGGGGAAGGGCUGUGGGGGGGAGGGCAGCAAGGUGGGGUUGGGGGCAGAGGGCUGGCGCCUACCCCCCCCCCACCGUGAGCUGUGUGAAAAGGCUGAAAGUUUGGUUCUUCUAGCGGGCUGGGGAGGCGUGUGUUCCUCUUCCCCGUGUUUGGUUUCCAAGGAAUGCAAAAUAUCAAGGGUUUUUUUUUUCCUGGUUGCUUUUUAUUUGUAAUGCUUUAAACUUGAAUCUACACCUUAUAUUGGAGCCUCCUCACCUACAAGAGGAAAAAAAUAAUAAAUUGCAAAAAAAUGAAAACA